CAUAGAAACGCGCCAGAAACGCCGCGGACCCUCGUCAGGUGUUCCCGGGAGAAGAGUCGGGGUGAGGGGACUAGAGCGAAGGAAGUUUAGGGAAGUCCUGACAAGAGACAAGAAAUGAAGAAAAAGGAGGUCCCAGGACCUAGAUAGUGUCAUCUCUGGGCCACUUUUGACUGGUGACUAGAUUUCUAACUAGAAAUUUAGAGCAUAUCCAGAAGAGACAAAGACAAUAUCCCAGUUGCUGGCCAUUUCUCAGAACAGAAGAAAAUGAUCAAUGCCCAGGACCAUGCUGUUACAGGAAUCGCUGACACUGGAGGACGUGGCCGUGGACUUCACCUGGGAGGAAUGGCAGCUCCUGGCCCCCGCCCAGAAGGACCUGUACCGGGACGUGAUGUUGGAAAACUACAGCAACCUGGUGUCAGUGGGGUAUCAAGCCAGCAAACCAGAUGCACUCUCCAAGCUGGAACGAGGGGAGGAACCGUGCACGAAACAGGAGGAAGUCCCCAGUGGAACCCGGCCAGAACCUAGCAAAGUUGAUAAUCACCUGCAAGGUCACUGGGAAAAUCCAAGAAUGCUGAAAGGUAUGGAACAAAACCACAAACACAAUGCAUUUGGAAAUAUUCCUCAAAGCAAAAGUCAUUUUCCUUCCAGGCAAAAUCAUAUGCUUGAGUUCUAUAUAAAAACUUUGAAAUCAAAUUUAAGUUUAGUCAACCAGAGCAAAAGCUAUGAAAUUAAAAACUCUACUAAAUUCAAUGGAGAUGAGAAAUUAUUUCUGCAUGAUAAGCAGGAAGAUUUUAAUUCUGCUAUUAAACUCCCUAUAAGUGCAAAACCUAUUAGCAAUAAGUCACAAGUCGUUAAGUAUCAGAGAACUCGUGAAAUAGAGAAACCCCAUGUAUGCAGUGAAUGUGGAAAAGCCUUCAUUAAGAAGUCCCAGCUCACAGAUCAUCACAGAGUUCAUACAGGAGAGAAACCUUAUGGAUGCAAUAUUUGUGCGAAAGUAUUCUCCAGAAAGUCCAGGCUCAACGAACAUGAGAGAAUUCAUAAAAGAGAGAAAUCCUUUCAAUGCAAUGAUUGUGGAAAAGUCUUCACCAUGAAGAGCCGUCUAAUUGAACACCAGCGAACUCACACUGGAGAGAAACCAUAUGUAUGCAGUGAAUGUGGAAAAGGUUUCCCAGGGAAGCGUAAUCUCAUUGUACAUCAGCGAAAUCAUACUGGAGAGAAAUGCUAUGUAUGCAGUGAAUGUGGAAAGGGCUUCACUGGGAAGAGCAUGCUCAUCAUACACCAGCGAACUCAUACAGGAGAGAAACCCUACAUCUGCAGUGAAUGUGGGAAAGGCUUCACCACGAAGCACUAUGUCAUCAUACAUCAACGAAAUCACACAGGAGAAAAACCCUAUAUAUGCAAUGAAUGUGGGAAAGGUUUCACGAUGAAGAGUCGACUGAUUGAACAUCAGCGAACUCACACCGGUGAGAAACCCUAUGUAUGCGAUGAAUGUGGAAAAGGCUUUCCCAGGAAGAGUAAUCUCAUUGUACAUCAGAGAAAUCAUACAGUAGAGAAAUCCUUUGUAUGCAGUGAAUGUGGAAAAGGUUUCACUGUGAAGAGCAUGCUCAUCAUACACCAACGAACUCAUACUGGAGAGAAACCCUACAUCUGCAGUGAAUGUGGAAAAGGCUUCCCCUUGAAGAGUCGACUGGUCGUACAUCAACGAACACACACUGGAGAGAAACCUUACAGAUGCAGUGAAUGUGGGAAAGGUUUCAUUGUGAAUAGUGGACUGAUGUUACAUCAGCGAACUCACACUGGAGAGAAACCCUAUAUAUGCAAUAAAUGUGGAAAAGGUUUUGCCUUUAAGAGCAAUCUUGUGGUACAUCAGCGAACUCAUACUGGAGAGAAACCCUUUACAUGCAGUGAAUGUGGAAAAGGCUUCACCAUGAAACGCUAUCUCAUUGUACAUCAACAAAUCCAUACGGGGGAGAAAUCGUACAUAUGCAGCGAAUGUGGUAAAGGCUUUGCUAUGGAAACUGAGCUCAUUUUACAUCAGCAAAUUCAUACUGGAGAGAAACCUUAUGCAUGCAAUGAAUGUGGUAAAGGCUUCACUGUGAAAAGCCGACUAAUCGUUCAUCAGCGAACUCAUACAGGAGAGAAACCUUUUAUAUGCAGUGAAUGUGGAAAAGGCUUCUCCUCAAAGAGAAAUCUUAUUGUACAUCAGAGAACUCAUAAUGGAAACAAACCUCAAUUCGGCCUUGGCCGGAGCCCAUCCCAGCCGUACGGACACCUGCCUUCCUCUAAGAUGGCCGCGCCCACGGUGCUCCAGCCUAACGUCUGCGCUCGGCCGUGCACAGAGGGCGUCGCCAUCUUUCUUCCCUCGGCCGAUAAACGUGCCUGGUGGCCCCGCUGUGGCCCCUCCCAUCAGAAACGCCAGGGUGGGCGUGGCCGUUGGGUCAUAGAGCGGGGCCGGCCGCCCGAGCUCCGAAAUCCCGUAACGCUCCCAGGUCCUCGCGGGAGUCGCUGGCCGGGUGGUUCCGAGUCCCUAGGUACCGCGAGGAAGGGCGCACCGAGAGAAGGGGCUUCGGAAGUGGGUGGCCUUUCGUCGCUGCCAGCAGCGUCUGUAGAGGUUCGGGUUCGGGAAUCACUGACACUGGAGGAUGUGGCCGUGGACUUCACCUGGGAGGAGUGGCAGCUCCUGGGCCCUGCUCAGAAGGACCUGUAUCGGGACGUGAUGUUGGAGAACUAUAGCAACCUGGUGUCAGUGGGGUGUCAGGCUACCAAACCAGAUGCAUUGUCCAAGUUGGAACACAGAGAUGAACCAUGGAUAACAGAGGAUGAAAUCCAGAAUAGAACCCAUCUGGAAUUCAGGAUGCUUGAUAGUCAUCUGCAAGAGCACUCUCAAAACCACAGAUUUCUGAAGAGCACACAACAAUACGGGGAACAGAGUACAUUUAGAAAUACUGUUCAUUUGAGCAAAAUACAUUUUGCCAUAACGCAAAAUCAUGUGUUUGAUUUAUGUAGAAAAGCUUUGAAAUCAAGUUUGAGUUUAGUUAACGAGAAGAGAAGAUAUGAAACAAAAAAGGCUGUUGAGUUUAAUGGAGAAGAAAAAUCUUUUCUGCAUGGUAAUCAGGAACAUUUGUAUUCUGGAAUUGAAUUCCCUGAAAGUGCAAAACAUAUCAGCACUAAAUUCCAAGACUUUAAGCAUCAGAGGACUCACAAAAUAGAGAAACCCCACACAUGCAUCGAAGGUGAGAAAACCUGCAUCAGGAAGCCUCGGCUUAUUUACCAUGAGAGCAGUCAUAGAGGUGAGAAACCCCAUGAGUGUGAUCCAUGUGGGAAUUCCUUCUCCAGAAAUGUCAUGUUCACCAAACAUCAGAAAACUCAUACACAGGACAAAGUCUGUAUAACCAGUGAAUACAGAAAAGCCUCUAGUGUGAAGAGCAGUCUCACUUUGCCUCAGCAAACGCAAACAGCAGAGAAAUCCUACACAUGCAGUGACUGUGGAAAAGGCUUCACCAUGAAGCGCUAUCUGAUUGCACAUCAGCGAACUCAUAGUGGAGAGAAACCUUAUGUGUGCAGUGAAUGUGGAAAAGGCUUCACUGUGAAAAGCAAUCUCAUUGUGCAUCAGCGAACUCAUACAGGGGAGAAACCCUAUAUAUGCACUGAAUGCGGAAAAGGCUUCACCAUGAAGCGCUAUCUUGUUGUCCAUCAGCGAACUCAUACUGGAGAGAAACCCUAUAUAUGUAGUGAGUGUGGAAAAGGCUUCACAGUGAAGAGUAAUCUCAUCGUACAUCAGCGAUCUCAUACUGGGGAAAAAUCUUACAUGUGCAGUGAAUGUGGAAAAGGCUUCACCACAAAGCGCACUCUCAUUAUACAUCAGCGAACUCACACAGGAGAGAAAUCUUACUUAUGUAAUGAAUGUGGAAAAGGCUUCACCACAAAGCGCACCCUUAUUAUACAUCAGCGGACUCACACAGGAGAGAAACCCUAUGAAUGCAAUGAGUGUGGUAAAGCCUUCAGCCAGAAGAUAUGCCUCAUACAACAUGAGAGAUGUCAUACAGGAAAAACUCCCUUUGUGUGUACUGAGUGUGGAAAAUCCUAUUCUCACAAAUAUGGUCUCAUUACCCAUCAGAGAAUUCACACGGGAGAGAAACCCUAUGAGUGCAAUGAAUGUGGAAAAGCCUUCACCACAAAGUCAGUACUCAAUGUCCAUCAAAGAACUCAUACAGGAGAGAGACCAUAUGGAUGCAGCGAUUGUGAGAAAGCCUUCUCCCACUUGUCAAACCUUGUUAAACAUAAGAAAAUGCACACAAGAGAAAUGGGAGAUUCAGUCAAGUUGUAAAUUCCUUUAACACAGAGUCGCAGCUCAUUACUUAUUAGUGAACUCCUACAAAACAGAAGCCCUAUGAAUGUGAUGACUGUGGAAAUGCCUUCUGUGGCAACGGCUUCUCUGGGAACCAAGACUUCAUUAAACAUCAGUGUUUCCAGCAGAUUGGAAUGUAAUCAUGGUACUGCUGGUUGUUGAUGUGUGUCCUGCGGAGAUUAAAAACUUGUCUAGGAGGUAAAUCUGGUAGCUACAGUGAAUGUGUUGUAGUGACUUCAGUGAUCCUUACCUCAUAUUUUCUGUCAGUGAAAACAUGUUGGGAAAACUCUGAUACAUUCAAUGUGGAAAUGCUUUGAGCAAAACUUUCUAGCUUCAUUAUAUUCUGAAAAGUGUAUACUGAGAUAAAUUCUGUGAAUGCAGAGACUAGAAAGGCUUUCAGGGGGAAGGUAGACUUUAUUAUCAGGGAUCAUCAUAAAUCAUCAGUGAGCUUAUUGUUUAUAGAAAUAUGAUUUAAAAAAAAAUUUAUGAUGACCAUGGGAAAGCUUUUACCCAGAAAGAAGACCUCAGUGAGGGUCAGAGUCCACACUGGAGAAAAACUUAAAGAGGACGAUUAUAUAUAUAUAUAUGGCGGGAUAUCAGUGACACAUUCUGCCUCGUUUUGUCAGGAAAUCAUAGAGAAAUGAAAACUUCAUGAACAUACUAAAUGUAGAGCACCUGCAGUCAAAUAUCAGAGAACUUAUGAAGAAAUGAAGUCCUGUGAAAGUGGUAAAUGUCAGUGCUUUUAAAUGUUACAAGUCUGACCUCAUUAUACAUCAGAUAAUUCACCUGAUGUACAUUUUCAGAUGAUACUUUGAAACCCUUUUCUAGUGGCCUUGUCAGUAAUUCCUUAGUUUUAAAAAGUAUAGUCUGCUUUCCUCAUCACUGAUUUAUUGUUAUACACCGUGCAGAGUGUUCUAUGGAGUAUUCUAGGACUACUCUGUAUUAUAUGAUUUUUUACCUUUCUUUGGCUCUAAACUUAAUUGUAAAUUUAGCAUACUGAAGUAGUUUUUUGGCUUUUUUUUAAGAUUUUAUUUAUUUGACAGAGACACAGCAACAGAGGGAACACAGGCAGGGAGAGUGGGAGAGGGAGAAGC